CAAAAAUCAAAAAAGUUGCUUUUUCCUCGUUUCCUAUUCACCAUCUUCUGCAAUCUACUCUUUUCCUCAAACCCGCAAUUUUCUUGAAAACGACCAAGCAAUCAAACAACCCAAUUACCCUCUGAAAAUGCCGAAAGGGUCCAACAUCAAUUUAAUUACUCCUUGAUUGUGCAUCAAAACCAAUUACUACCUCUUGUUGCUUCUGAAUCCUGCCGCAAACAAGGGAAAAUCAACAACAGUUAGUUCUAUUUGAUUUUGCAUCAAACACUAACCGCACCAAACCCACCUGUCCUUCGAUUCUUGGCGGCAGUAAGGGCUAGAAGCUUUCUGUUUUCUUGGUCUGUGACUACCGAAAAGAGCCAGGUUCCGAUCACCGGCCGCCGGCAACCCAUAAAACUCAUCAUCUACCAUGGAACUCGAUAACAAAGCUGUUAUUCAAAACCCGGUCACUAUGGAAGAUUUAAUGCAACUGUUUACACAGUUAAACUCCAAAAAAUCCUCCACAGAAACUCAGAAUUUCCAACCUAUUCAAAUUCCAGAAAAAUUGAAUCACAAAAAUUUCACAAAAUGGGCAAAGCUAAUGCAACUGGAACUCGGCGGCAGGGGAAGGCUCAAUCACAUCACAGCCUCCCCGCCAAGCCAAGAGGAUCCAGAUUACACAAAAUGGUCACAGCGGGAUUCUCUGGUAAUCUCAUGGAUAAUUGGAAAUAUAGAUCCAGAAUUGCAAAAUCAAUUCUUGGAUUACCCUACCUCGAGAGAUUUGUGGAAAGGGAUUGAAUUAUUAUACGGCGGGACCAAAGACGGACUCCAAAUUUUCGACCUCAUGGUUAAAGCAAACAAAAUCCAGCAAGGAAGAGAUCCAAUCGAAAUAUACUAUAGCAAACUUACCGGAGUCUGGAAGGAGAUUGAUAGACGUUCACCAAAUCCGAUGAACAGUCCAGAAGACAAAACGACUUACAAUCAAAUAACCCAGCAAAAUCGAUUGUAUCAGUUCUUAGCAGGGGUAGAUGAAACCCUUGAUAAGGAUCGAUGGGAUAUUCUUAAUCGUGAACCUCUUCCAACACCAGAGGAGGCAUUUGCAAUAAUAAGAAGAGAGAUAAACCGGCGAGGAAUUAUGAGCACCGAACCACCAAAACCCUCACAAAUCGAAUCAUCGGGAAUUGGUGGUGGGUUUACUGUAAGGGGAAGAACAGAGAAACCCAAUUUCCGUCGAGAUGAUGAGAAAUCAGGACUCAGAUGCACCCAUUGUGGGGGUGCGAGACACACCAAGAAGGGGUGUUUCGAGAUUAUCGGUUACCCAGAAUGGUGGGGAGAUCGAAAGAAGAGAGGAGAAAAGAAGAGCAUGGCGGCUGUGGGUACCAGUGAGGCACCAGUAACAGGCGGAGAGCACGGAGGAACGGAAGCCGGCUGUGGAGCCUCCCUCUCUGCGUCAGGUAUGACAGAGAAAGCAAAGGAGGAAGGUAUGCCUUUUGGUCUCCAAGAAUCAAAUUUAUAUGGCCCAAUUGUUUGCCCUAAUUCCACACGUAAACCUAAGUGCUCAAGCCCAUUUUGUUUUAAGCCCAAUACCAAUUCUAUCGCAUAAACCGUGAAACAUGAAAAUAAAACCAACUCAUACCAUGUAGGAUUAGUUUGUAAAUCGAAUAAAAAUCCCAGGUGGAUUUUUUAUUGUGGAGCAACUGAUACUAUGACAUUUGAUUCCAGUGACCUUGAAACUAUUCUCCCACCAGGAAAAAAUAACGUACAAACAGCCAAUGGAGAGAUAGUUAAAACAGAGGGGUUGGGUGUUAUCAGGAUUUCAGAUAACAUCAAAUUAUCAAAUUGCCUUUUCAUACCAAACUUAUCCCACAAGUUACUUUCCGUUAGCCAAUUGACAAAAGAAUUAAACUGUAUUGUUAACAUAAAUUCUUCUGGUUGUACUGUUCAGGAUGCUCGGACAGGGGAGAUUAUUGGGCAUGGUACUGAGGAGGGAGGACUGUAUUAUGUUACUCAGAUGCCUCACCAGGGUAAAGCAAUGCUUGUUCGCGGGACGGUUGAACAGCAGCUUUGGAUGUGGCAUAAGCGACUAGGUCAUCCGUCUUUAGGAUAUCUUAAAAAACUCUUCCCUAAUCUUUCUAGUUCAAAUGUUCCUUUUGAUUGUGAAGCUUGUAUCCUUGCUAAGAGUCAUAAGCACUUUUAUCCGAACAGUGAUAGUAGAACUGAUAAACCUUUUGUUUUAAUUCAUUCGGAUGUGUGGGGACCAGCUCCCGCGUUCAAUAA